ACACCAAACGAACGAAUUUGACGGAGGCCCGUUGGCUUUAGAGUAAUUAAAAUGGGCAUCCAUUGUGCCGUCCCUAAAACCCAACUGCAACUGGCUUGGUUGGACCUCUUCAAGUCGGUUAAUUUAAGAUGUCGAAAUUUGAUUCACGCCCACUCUUCACGCUUACACAUUCCAAGGUCUUUCCCGCGAAACCAGGAAAUCACAGCAAAAUGGGAAUCCGUUCCGCCAGGACCACCACCACACUCCUCUUCUCCAUCAUUCGGCCACCCCUCGCCACCCACCUCCGCCACCACUGCAGACCCUACACUCCUUCGCCCCACCAGCUCGGCAAGAUCGUUAGGGCUUCCGAAACCUCUCGCCCCUUUUACAUCUCUCCUCCUUUCAAUUCAUAUUCCUAUUGUUCUUCUUCUUCUUCAUUGCCGAAAAUGGGGUUUCUCAGAUGGUACUUGGGAAUGCUUGACCGCCGGCCCGUCGCAACAAAGGCUGCCACUUCUUCUCUCAUUUACGUUGCCGCCGAUUUGACCUCCCAGAUGAUUACGUUGCCACCUUCUGGUUCUUUUGACACAAUGAGGACAUUGCGUAUGGCUGGAUUUGGAUUUCUUAUUUUAGGUCCAUCACAGCACAUGUGGUUUAACUUUGUAGCAAGAAUCAUACCAAGGCGAGAUGUGCUCAGCACCUUGAAGAAACUGGCUAUGGGGCAACUCAUUUAUGGGCCAUGUAUAAAUGGUAUUUUCUUCUCUUUCAAUGCGGCUGCACUAGGUGAAAUUGGGGAAGAGAUCAUUGCCAGAUUAAAGAGGGAUCUCCCUACAACAUUGAUGAAUGGUCUGAUGUUCUGGCCAAUUUGUGAUUUUCUAACCUAUAAAGUUGUCCCCGUUCAUUUACAGCCAUUGAUCAAUAGCUCGUUUUCAUAUAUAUGGACCAUAUAUUUGACAUACAUGGCAAACUUGAAGAAAGCCGGCAUCGAUUAGUUCUUUUGUUCUUAUUUGACUUAAUGCGGUAUCAAUCGCACGAAUUACAUACAAACGAGGAAAGCAAGGCCUCUUUCGCCUUUUUGAAGUCUGGAUAGAAGAGCCAAUGGCAGGAUUUUGACUUCUAGAUAGUUAACAGGAACUUAACUUGCAGCUUCAGUUGGAGAAUCAGCAUCUCAUUAUUAUCUUUUGUCCUAAAUUUGGCUGUACAUAGUUUUUCCUGUGUUUAGAGGGAGUUUUCAUUGGAGUAUCAAAAGAGGUCCACUGGCAUAUAAUAUUAGGCUCCUGAAUUAUAAAUUCCCGUGUGAGAAUUUUUUACGGCAGUUCUAUUGACUCCAUAGAUUUGUUUUGUUGUCCAAGACACAGUGUGGCCCAUCGAUUAAUACGGCCAAUGCCAUUUUUAUUUCUUAUCUGUAGCGUUUCAUUUUUUGUCUUUUUAUUUCCUUUGGCCUCGUUGUUCUCUUCCCCCAGCUUAUAUGAUAGUCAUAUGAAAGAUGCCACUGUAUAUAUGAAUGCUUCUUCUCGGUUUUCUUUGUUUUUGCCUUUUUAGAAGACAUGACCAUUAUUUUCUCCCCUGUGCUUGGUAAUACUUAUUGUACUCGUAUUCGAUAGAAUUUCCAAUGAUUAAUCUAAUGAUAAAGAUGUUAUAGCAACAUUUUUUUAUGCUUA